UUCACAAAGGAGGAGAGAAGGACGACAGUUGAACGAGCAAAGAAUAAAUAAUAAUUACGAUGAAGUUUUCAACUAUUUUUGUGAUGUUGAUGGCAGUCCUCGCUCUCUUUGCUGACCAAACUAGUGCAGAUCCUAAAUCCAACAUAAAAUAUUUUAUUAGAAAAGGAGGCCGUGUAAUUAAAAAGGGUUUUGGAUUUCUUGGUGCUGCAGCAACGGCUCAUGAAAUAUACAACGAAAUCCGAAACAGAAAUAAAAAAGUUACUAAUUUGUAUACAACGAAUGAAAAGGACGGAGGAUGA